ACAUACGAGGACCACGUCCGCUCUUCUCGCGGAGGAUCUGUUGUCUUAAGUUUGCGAAUGAUUCGUUCAGCUCUGCACUCACAUAAAUGAGCGUUCAACACGCGCGUCUCUCUCAUUUUAUUUACAGAUGACCGUAGCGGCAGCAAUGGCAGGGUCAAAUAUGGUCUUUUCCGAUGUUGAAAGUUUUCUAGACGAGCACCCGGAAUUAUUAGAGGACUAUCUGAACAGAAAAGGCAAGGCAAGUAUGGUGGAAAAGUGGCUGAAGAAGCGCAACGCGACUAAAACUCCGGCGAACUCCAGCGCGGAAGCGGAGAAAGCGGCGAACGCGUGCGGCAAAGACAGCUGGGCGAGCAGAAGCGACGGGCUGCAGAGACGAGCGUCGCAGAAAGAGCUGCGGAAAACCUUCGCCAGGUCUAAAGCCAUCAACGCCAACAGGACUUACGACGAACACGUUAACUCCAGAGCCCAGGAGCCGCUGACCAGCAUGAGGAGACGCGCGCUGCUGCGUAAAGCCAGCUCUCUGCCGCCAACCACCGCGCACAUCCUCUCCGCGCUGCUGGAGUCCCGGGUCAACAUCCCUCAGUACCCCUCCACCGCCGUAGACUACAAAUACUACCUGAAGGAGCACAACGAGAGGGAGUUCUUCCUGGAGCUCGUCAAAGACAUCUCCAACGACCUGGUUUUGACCAGUCUCAGCUACAAGAUCCUGGUGUUUGUGUGCAUCAUGGUGGAUGCUGACCGCUGCUCCCUGUUCCUGGUGGAGGGACCAGCCAAUAAAAAGACUCUGGUGUCCAAGUUCUUUGAUGUUCAUGCUGGAACCACAGUUUUGCCCUCUCUCAGUAAAUCAGAUGAGGUGCAGGUGCCCUGGGGAAAGGGCAUCAUUGGAUAUGUGGCUGAACAUGGGGAAACUGUCAACAUUCCCGAUGCAUAUCAGGACCAUCGUUUCAGUGAUGAGAUUGAUAAACUCACCGGAUAUAAAACCAAGUCUCUGCUGUGCAUGCCCAUCCACAACAGUGAUGGAGAGGUCAUCGGGGUCACACAGGCCAUCAACAAGAGUCCCAAUGGAGCACUUUUCACUGAAGACGACGAAAAGGUGUUGCAGAUGUACCUGCCGUUCUGUGGUAUUGCCAUCUCAAACGCCCAACUGUUCGCUGCCUCCAGGAAAGAGUACGACAGCAGCAGGGCUCUUCUGGAGGUUGUGAACGAUUUGUUCGAAGAGCAGACCGAUUUGGAGAAGAUCGUGAGGAAGAUCAUGCAUCGAGCUCAGACCCUGCUGAAGUGUGAACGCUGCUCCGUCCAGCUUCUGGAGGACAUCGAAUCUCCGGUGGUGAAGUUUACCAAGUCCUUUGAGCUUCUGUCACCCAAGUGCAGCGCCGACAUGGAGAACAGUUUCAAGGACAGCAUGGACAAAUCAUCCUAUUCUGACUGGCUGAUUAAUAACAGCAUUGCAGAGCUGGUCGCCUCCACUGGGCUUCCUGUGAAUAUCAGCGAUGCCUACCAAGACCCACGCUUUGAUGCUGAAGCAGAUCAGUUCUCUGGCUUCCAUAUUAGAUCUGUCCUGUGUGUCCCUAUCUGGAAUAGUAACCACCAAAUCAUAGGUGUGGCUCAGGUCUUGAACAGAUUAGAUGGAAAACCAUUUGAUGAUGCAGAUCAGAGGCUGUUUGAGGUGCUGUCAUAUCACGCCACUUGCUCAAAGACUGAGGUGGAUAAGUUUAAGGCAGCAAACAUCCCUCUGGUGUGUGAACUGGGCAUUGAUAAACUAUCGUUUGAUGACUUCUCUCUGGAUGUGGAUGCCAUGGUCACUGCAGCUCUGCGGAUGUUUAUGGAGCUGGGAAUGGUUCAGAAAUUCAAAAUAGACUAUGAGACACUUUGUCGGUGGCUGUUGACCGUGAGGAAGAACUAUCGCAUGGUUCUGUAUCAUAACUGGAGACAUGCAUUCAACGUUUGCCAGUGCAUGUUUUCCAUGCUGACGACGGCCGCCUUUCAGGAGACUCUGACUGAGAUGGAGAUUCUGGCUCUGAUAGUGGGCUGCAUCUGCCAUGAUCUGGACCACAGAGGAACCAACAAUGCUUUCCAGGCCAAGACGGGAUCAGCUCUCUCUCUUCUUUAUGGGACAUCCGCCACACUAGAGCACCAUCACUUCAACCAUGCUGUUAUGAUCCUGCAGAGCGAGGGACACAAUAUUUUCUCUAACCUGUCUUCCCAUGAGUAUGGAGAACUCAUGCAGCUCCUAAAACAAUCCAUACUGGCCACAGACCUAACACUCUACUUCCACACUGUUGCAGAGCUGGUGACUAGUGAGUUUUUCGAGCAGGGAGACAGAGAGCGAUCAGAACUGAAACUGACUCCCUCGGCGAUAUUUGACCGAAACCGCAAAGAUGAGCUGCCAGGUCUACAGCUGGAGUGGAUUGAUGGAAUCUGUGCGCCGCUGUAUGAGACAUUUGCCAAAUUAAACCCCAAACUACAGCCAAUGAUUGACUUGAUCAAGGCCAAUCGUGCCAAAUGGGAAGAGCUACACCACAGACACCAGCGCAGCCAGAAAACCACCAAUCCUGGCAGUCCACGUAACGCAGACGCCACGGCAACCAGCUGCAGCGGCGCAGGCCCCAGCGACUCUCUCUGACCUCGCAGCAAUGCAGACGGAAGGAGUUUUGACCUCUGCUGCACGCUUCAGACCAGCAGCCAUUACCUCACUAGCACCCUCUAUCGGGCAUUUGCUCUGUCUGUGAGCACUUCAGGCAAGAAGUUUGCGAGUUUGCGUCCGUCUCCACAGUGCAAAGACUGCACGUUUAGCUAGCAACGGAGAACCUUAGGGAUGUGUUUACGCCCAGAAGCUAAAUGGCUGAAUUAGCUACUUUAGGGCUAGCAUGCUAACAUAAAGACUCUAUUGUGCGUGUAAGCUACUCUCAACAGGGACUGUUUAAGGAGGAUUGCUGCUUUUUGAAAGGUAUCAUAGCAUAUUUUUCCCUUUGUAGCUUUGAUCUUGUUGAAUGAACGCAUAUCUUGAGCACUGGAGCUCAGUUCUGUACUCUGCGUAUGUCAUGUGAAGAAAUUACUAAUGCAGGAUUUGACUCUCUGUUUUGCCUUUGUUGUUUUAGCUGAUGUAUUUAUUCCAGGAUCAGGGGUUUAUGGAGCCGUGGGGCUCUUGGCAAUGCUUGCAAUGCAAAUCCACUCCAGCGCUGUACUCUGUGCCUUGGUAAAACCCCUAUGAUAAUGCAUGCAGCCCGUCCUCAACAUCACUCUACUCUCUAGUUCAUACUGCAUACAUCAUGGAUGUUCCCUCAUGUCUUGGGCCAGUUUCACAUCACAAAGCAAUGUGUUUUUAUUCAUUUAUUCACACUUGUGUUGUUCAUGACACAAGUUAUUAUGAAGAUUUGUACUGGGGUGCGAUUCCCAACAUCAUAGCCAACUAUUGUUGCAAGUUCUGUCAUUACCAACAUAGUUCAACAAUUUGGUGUUUCCAAAACAUAGUUCCGAAGAACAUUCGCAAAAAGCUUUGCAAAGGCUGCAUUUAC